AUGAGCGCGGAGCCGACGCCGAUGAGCACGCACUCGUCGCCGACGAAAAAGUGCAGGGUGGACGGCGGAUGCGUGCCCGCCACCCCGCCGUCGCUGACCAAGUCCUCCAGGGAGAACGAAUCUCCCGCGAAUGGCUCGCACUCGGGGAAAAAUUCUCCGGGGGCCGACGACGCGAAGGAGCCGCGGAUAUCGAACGGGUCCAGCGUUCCGGAAGAUGCGCGGGUGUCCGAGUCAUCCGACGGGGAUGCGCCGCUCGAUAUCGAGACCGUCGCCGAGGAAGCGCGCGGGGGUGUCGGUCACGGCGACGUCGAGGAGGACGAGAGCCUGAAGCUCGCGCGGAUGCUUCAGGAGCAAGAGCGCGCCUACUACAUGCUUCAGCACCGGCUCAACACCCCGACCGCCGGGCGUCACCCCGAAGAUGUCCGAGGCCUAGAGGAGGACACCCAGUACAGAUUUGAUCAAGGCGGCGACGACGACGAAGUCGUCGGCGACGGCGUCGCGGAGGACGACGACGCCGAGACCCCUCCCGCGGCGAUCCCGGCCGCGGGCGCCGACGAGGACGAGUCCAUUCGCCUCGCGCGCGAGCUCAUGGCCGAGGAGCAGCGCGUGUUUCAGGCGCGCAUGCUCGAGUGGGCGGGCAUGUCGGUGAAUCCAGACACCGGCGACGUCGACGAAGACGAUGCGGGCGUGGACGUGGAGGCGAUGACGUACGAGGAACUGACCGCGCUCGGGGAACAGAUCGGGACGCAGUCGAAGGGACUCGCGCCCGAGGUGAUCGACGCGCUGCCCGUGCGCCGGUACACAUGCGCCGGAACGGCACCCGGGCGCGAGGAGGAGAAGUGCAUGAUUUGCCUGUCGGAGUUUGAGGAGGGCGACGAGGCGGCGCGCGUGCCCAAGUGCGGGCACGAGUAUCACCGAGGGUGCCUGACGCCGUGGCUCGGCGACAACAAGUGCUGCCCGAUAUGCAAGACGGAGAUUGACGCGGGGGAGGUGCUGAAAGGGGCGGAGGGUGCGAGCGGCGCGUGAGGGGCGCGUCGCGACCGACGGGGAAGCAAACGUGGCACGUUCGGCUCCCCGUUUUCAUUUAUCGAUAGACUAUCAUAUCGAGCCGCGAGCUCUGCGU